AUGUCUGUCAUACAGUUCCUAGUGCUAGUGGCUCUAUUUUGUUCCAGCAACGCCAAUGAUGAGGCUUUGGUGGUGAAAAUUGGGGCCAUUUUCUUCGAUACGGAAAUGAAGCUCGCUGAAGCAUUUGAUGUGGCCGUGGAAGAAGUGAAUGCCGUAAAUCCUAACCUACGAUUUGAACCCAUCAAACAUUAUAUGACAAUUGAUGACAGCAUUGUCUUACAGGAUCUUUCUUGCGAAUUGAUUGGAAAUGGUGUCGCUGCUAUUUUUGGACCAAGUUCAAAGACGAACAGCGAUAUUGUUGAGGUUUUGUGUAAUAUGACGGGUAUACCACAUCUGCAGUUCGAUUGGCAUCCCCAGCAGUCGUUUAGGGAGAGACUCAACCAUCAGAUGACUGUCAAUGUGGCACCAAUGGAACUGAUGCUAUCGAAUGCCUUUUCGGAUAUUUUGGGCAGCAAGCCCUUCGAUUGGAAGUCCUUUACCAUUGCCUAUGAGAAGAGUACUCACCUCAAUCGCCUGCAGCACAUCUUUGCCUGGAAACAGCUUCAUAAAACGGGUAUCAAAAUGCAGGAAUUCCAGCGAGGUGACGACUAUCGCAUACUCUGGAAAAGAAUCAAUAAUGCCCGAGAAAAGUUUGUGCUAUUGGAUUGUCCCUCCGAUAUUCUGGUGGAUGUAGUAAAUGCCUCUAUAGACUUCAAUAUGACAGGGUCUUUCAAUAAUCUAUUCCUAACCAAUCUGGAUACCCAUGUUAGUGGCAUAGAUCGUUUCUAUUCCAGAGAGUUUACAGUGACAGUGGCAGCUGUAAGACUACGAACAUAUAUUCCACCGCCAGUUCAUGAUGAAAUUGACGUAUUCGACAACGAAGUGGAUACUAGGUUUGAUUCUCUAGGAACGCAGCUCGUCUAUGAUGCUGUGGUUCUAUUCUACAAUGCUCUCCUGGAUAUGAGUCAACGAUCAGGUUUCUAUAUGCCACAGUUUAGCUGCGGCCAUGGCUUUUGGCAACCAGGACCACAUGUAGUACAGAAAAUGAAGGAGCUCACACCGAAGCAAAUAAAGCCUCCCUUCAAGACCCAACGUCUGAAGAUCAAUGCGAAUGGCCAGCGUGAAGAUUUCAAUUUGGAAGUGUACAAUCCUCUCAUCGAUCGCGUGACCCACAUUUGGAAUAAAGAUUUUCAGCUUGUGGAUAUUGAAAAAAUAAAGGAGAACUCCAGUCAGGCGGUGAAGCAGAGACGUCUGGAGAACAAAGAGGAUUUCUCGCAGAAACCCGUGCGGUUUACAGUGGCCACUCGUGUGGGUAAGCCGUACUUUAGCUGGCGAGACGAACCCGAAGGCGUUCACUAUGAAGGCAAUGAACGUUUUGAGGGCUAUGCCGUGGAUUUAAUAUAUAAAUUGGCAGAGGAAUGCAAAUUCGAUUUCGAUUUCGAACCUGUUAGGGAUAAUAAAUAUGGUAGCUAUGAUGCGGCAACCGAUGAAUGGGAUGGCAUCAUACGACAGCUGAUUGACAAUAAUGCUCAAAUAGGUAUCUGUGACUUGACCAUUACCCAGGCACGUCGUUCAGUUGUGGAUUUCACUGUACCCUUCAUGCAAUUGGGCAUCAGCAUUCUGUCGUACAAGGAGCCGCCACCCAAGGCGGAUAUUUAUGGCUUCCUCAAUCCGUAUGGUGUGGAGGUUUGGCUUUAUGUAAUGAUUGCCAUGAUGAUCACAUCCAUGGCCAUGAUUUUGGCAGGACGCAUGGAUCAUGGAUCAUGGGAACCUCCGACGGAGAAUGGCAAUCAUGAGCUGGUGCGUCACAAUAUCUGGAAUAUGCAUAAUACCAUGUGGCUGGUGUUGGGUUCUAUACUAACGCAAGGCUGUGAUCUGUUGCCAAGGGGCCUUCCCAUGCGUCUGCUGACCGCUUUCUGGUGGAUCUUUGCCCUGCUUAUAUCUCAAACAUAUAUCGCAAAACUGGCUGCCUUUAUAACCUCUUCGAAGUUGUCGGGGAAUAUAGCCUCCCUGCAUGACCUUAUUGACCAAAAUAAGGUACAGUUCGGGACCAUACGCGGUGGAGCCACAUCCGUUUACUUUUCCGAAUCUAACGACACGGAGAAUCGCAUGGCCUGGAACAAGAUGUUGUCUUUUAAGCCAGAUGCCUUCACCAAAAACAACGAAGAAGGUGUGGAUCGGGUAAAACUAAGCCGUGGAGCCUAUGCCUUUCUCAUGGAGACCACCAAUCUGCAGUACUAUGUGCAGAGGAAUUGUGAGCUAACACAAAUUGGAGAGAGUUUUGGCGAGAAGCAUUACGGCAUAGCAGUGCCAUUGAAUGCCAAUUUUCGAUCGAAUCUCAGUGUGGGGAUACUCAAGCUCAGCGAACAGGGUGUUCUCUACAAUUUGAGGAACAAAUGGUUCAAUAGCAAUGAAAGCACUUGUGUCGAGGACUCGACCAUCGAUGAUGGACAAUUCGAUAUGGAUUCUGUGGGUGGACUUUUCGUAGUGCUCAUUGUGGGCCUAUUUAUUGCAUUUCUCAUUGGCAUAGCAGAGUUCCUGUGGCAUGUCCAUCGCAUUGCUGUGAAAGAGAUGAUACCCACCAAGUUGGCUUUGAAAGCAGAGAUUAACUUUCUCUUACGCUUCUGGCUGACUAGGAAGCCUUUGCACACCUAUCGCCAGAGUCGAGACUCGACCUCCACGGGCUACUCCUCCCUGCAACAGUUAUCGAGUGCCUCUAACGAAAAAAAGAGGAAAAAGACAAAGAAAAGAGCGGAGUAG